CCAUCAAGAAUACUAAACGUCACAUGAUAAAAACGGGUGUGAGCGCUGUUCUCUUACUUCGUACAUGAAAUGUUCUUAUUUUAAAUAUUUCGAAAACACUACGUUGUUAACGUAUAUUUUAAAGUUGAAAUUAAUCAUUUGUUAGCGUUUUCGUAUUUCUCUUAAGGAAAACACGCAAAACAAAUUAAAAUUAACACAAUGAGAUACAUCUUGGGCACUACUUUUGCAGGCACUGCUUCUGCAACUUCUCUAGUAUUAGUAUUGUAUCAUGUAUUUACUGGAAAAGGAGAGCGUGUUAGUGUCGCUUGGUUUUUAGAAAAUACAUCACCACACAUGUGGGCAACUCUUGGUAUUGGUCUUGCAGUUGCUCUUUCUGUAGUUGGUGCCGCAUUAGGCAUUCAUACAACAGGAGUUUCAAUUAUUGGAGGUGGUGUAAAAGCUCCAAGAAUCAAAACAAAAAAUUUAAUUUCUGUAAUAUUUUGUGAAGCUGUUGCUAUUUAUGGAUUAAUCACUGCCAUUGUGUUAUCUGGAAUGUUAGAUGAAUUUAGUUAUCCUAUUCAUAAGGAGGAAAUUCGUAAUCAAAAUUGGCUAGCUGGCUAUUUAAUAUUUGGAGCUGGCCUAGCUGUUGGUCUUGUUAAUCUCUUUUGUGGUAUAGCCGUUGGCAUUGUGGGUUCUGGUGCAGCUCUUUCUGACGCAGCAAAUUCUGCUCUUUUUGUUAAGAUUUUAAUUGUAGAAAUCUUCGGCUCUGCUAUUGGACUCUUUGGAUUAAUUGUUGGAAUUUAUAUGACAUCUAAAGUAAAAAUGGGAGAUAAGGUAUAAGUUUAAAAUAAAUAGGGAUGUUACGAAAAAAACCAUAAAGUAUUUUUUAGAAUCACAAUAUUUCAUUCCAUAUUUAGUGACGAUUAAAAAGGAGAUUAAUACAAAAGAAACUAUUAAAAGAAAUAGUGUUGAUUGAAAAGAAAAUAAAUACUGGAAAAGAUGUUAAAAAGCAUAAUUUGUCUGUUUAAAUUAGUAUAAAAAACCUUUAUACAAGGUUGGUAUUUGUUGUUACAAGAGGUUCCAGGGAGAUUUCAAUUUGAAUAGCUAUUACAAAUUAAUAACUUAGAUAUAUAAACUUUUGUGUAUCAACCAUGUGUAUAAAUAACUAUUUCUGCUAGUGUAAAGUUUAUUGCUGUAAUGCAGUCUUUUGAUUGGUGUUCUGAGUGCGUUAUAGCGCUCUCUCUUUCAAAUGUGUCUACUGUAUAUAUCUUUUUUAACCGAAAUAUUACAUUAAAUAAAUAUGAUACUAUGUUACAUUCAUUAGUAUAUGUGUAAAAUAUACUAUGUAUAAUAUUA